AUGGGGCGGCUCGCGCGCGCGCCAGGCCUCGUCGGGGCCCCCCCGCCCACGUUGCCCUUCAAUCGAUGGCAGCGGGCCGUCCGCGAGGAGUGGUUCGAGACUCAGACUGCCUUCCUCGCCAACGUUGUCUACGCCAAGGUUGACUUCCCCGAGGCGCUGACGGACACCGUGGAGGUGCGGGCCAUGGGCAUCUUUGCGCACUACGGCUUGGUCAAUGUCGUGAAGAAGUGCCCCGUGCGCGACGCCCCCGCGGUGCUGGAGGAAAGCUGGCGCUCCGACAACGGCAAGGUUCGCUUCAAAUGGGCUUGCUCGUCCCAUGGCCACAAGCACUACGACGCGGCAGUCGCCGGCGUCGGCAUUCUCAAGAAAGUGGAAGUGGGGUCGUGGAUGACGUUUCUGAACUUCAUCGCGCUUCUGCGUUCUGGCACCCCCCUGCAUAAGAUGCACGCGGAGCUGCGGGCCGCGUGGGGCAACUGCAGUGACAAGAACUUCCGCAGGUGGAAGGACAUGUACCAGGGGGAGCUGAAGAAGGCCAACGAGAAGUUAGACUUGAUGAAGAUCGGCGGCCCGAACCACGUGGUCGUCAUGGACGAGACAGUCGUCGGCGUCCACCCCGACGAUGGCUUUGAGUCUCUCACUCACAAGGGAAUUCGAAAAGGGGCUCCACGUGCACGUUCUGGCACACGGUCGCGGCCCAAGGUCCGCGCGCGCAUUGCCAAGGCGCCCCCCGCGCGGACUAUCUGGAAGGGCGACGAGCCGAUGAAGAGUGCGGGGGUAACCAGAGGCAAGAAGAACGUCGUCAAGAGACGCCCCGCUGCCAUGAAAGUGAAGAAGACGAUCAUGAAGCGGCCAGCCGCGCGCGGGGGAGUGCGGGGCACGAGCGCUGAUCCCCGUUCCAACGGCCGCUGGUUGUGGGCAGCAGUUUCCGUCGGCAAGGGGACGGAGAAGUGGACGCACGGCAACGGGAAGAAGCGCUUCGCGUGGCGAUUCCUUCCAUCCCGCUACAACGCGGAAAAGAGCAAGCCUCGCGGCUUCGAGGAGAUUCGCAAGACCAUCGAGCAGCACGUGGCGAAAAAAAACAUCCUGGUGUUCGAUGGCUGGCUCAGCUCGCUGAAGGCGGCCCAGGACUUGGGUUUCAUACACGUGCCCCCCAUGGUCCACGACGUCGGGUGGCGCGACGUGGAGACGGGGUGGCAUUCCAAUGACAUUGAGAGCGAGAACAACCGCUUGAAGCAUUGGUCCCGCGUCCGAUACAACGCCCUGAAAAUCUCCGAGCUGGACAUGCACGAGCACGCAUACUACGUGAACGCAGGGGACACGAUGGCGGACGUGAUGCUGGGGUUAGCCGCGGCAGGCGGGGGCUUGGGCCGCGCGCAACUGAUUCGAUUAGGCGUCGGCAGUUCAGUCUGA